CUGUGUUCUUAAACAAGAGUCGUCCCUGCCGUAACUCGAGGUCCCACGCGACUAAGCUGUGUCCUACCUAAUUAUCAGGCCACUCCACUCCACACCCAACGCCAUGGUCUACAACCUCGCGUACCGUCGCCCUCAGAGGCAGGCCCGGUCAUCCACUGAGUCGGUGACCGGCGAACACAAGCAGCUGUCCAUUCACGAGUCCAUUCGCUCUGGCAGUAGUGGCAUGUCUCAUGGCAUUCCUGAGGCUCUGUCUUUUGACCGCAUCAUCGCUGGUGGAGUUUGCCCUCCCUGCACAGUCCGUGACUUCAUGAACUUCUUGAAGUAUAUUGAGCUUUCGGCCGAGAACCUGCAAUUCUUCCUCUGGUAUCGCGACUACAGCAAGCGCUUCAAGGAGCUGCCUGAGAGCGAGAAGGUCCUGUCACCUGAGUGGAGAGGUAGCAGCCACGGCAACGCCGAGCCGCCCAAGCUUCCUACCGCAAAGGCGCACCCAGAGGCAUCAGCCAUUUUGGAUGGCACCGACUUUGUCAGCGAGAAGACUGUCAAGUACAGUGAUAGGAGCACCAGCAACAACCCCUUCUUCACACCACCGCACACGCCCACAAGUGAUCAGCCUCGCCGUGAUGAGUCGCUCGAUUCGUAUGAUGAGAGCAUGACUACUGGCAAGGUGAACCAUUCUGAGCGUGCUGCAGGUGCGUUUGAGAGUGUGGGGCUCAAAUGGAAGCCUUUAACCGUCCAACCUUAUCGCGAGGAGGUCAACCGCAUCAUCUCGAUCUAUAUCGCAGAUGGCGGAUCUCGUCAGCUCAAUCUUUCGUCCAAGGAGCGCUCUGCGUUGUUGCACGCCCUGCAGAACACCACUCACCCGUCUGCAUUCAAAGACGUCAUCACCACCGUCGAAUGGUCGCUGCGCUGCCAGGCCCACCCCAACUUCAUUCGCUGGACAAUCUGCAACGGUAACCGCCCACGUGUCGUGUUUGCCCGCGGGCUUGGAAUCGGUGGCAUCGUCGCUGGUCUCAUUGUCGCGAUUGUUCUCACCCUGAGCAGCGCCGGUCGCGCUUGGAGGGCCAUAUCCCUCAUUGGCUUCGUCAUCGGAAUCUCAACGCUCAUCGCUGCGUGGAAGGGUAUGUGCGUUGUCCUUCACGGCAUGCAUCAUCGCCACCUGCGACCGUGGGAGCUGUUCAGCUCCGACGACGAGCCGCAAGGCUACGAUGCGAAGGUCGAUUCCGCUGACUCGCUUGGCUCGCAUGUGUCCAGCAACUCGUGGGAAGACGAGCCGUGGGUGGCCAGGUACGAGAAGCGCAACGUUCUCCGCAAGAUCUUCGACCGCGAGGUCUGGAUCCAGGAGCCAGCUCUCCGCCAAAUCCAGGACACCAUCUUCAUCCAAGCUAUUCUCGGCUCGCUCAUCAUCGGUGGCGUUGCUGUGGGCAUCUUUUGCGCCCUCCCCGCUGGAAACUUCUUCUAAGCGCCAUCGAUGUCUC